AAAAACGUGGCGGGAUUUGAACCCGACGUGAAUCGAACACGCAACCUUCUGAUCUGGAGUCAGACGCGCUACCAUUGCGCCACGGAUCCACCUGCUGGAUUUUGGUUCAGUCUUCCAUGAAGGCUGGGAGAUUUCUCCUUUUGGGGGUUUCUCCAAGACCGAAGGCCUACAGUUCGUCACACACUCGGGAAGCUUUCAUUGGGAGUGCGAAGCAUAGUGAGUGAUUAACUGAAAUGUGAGGAGUCUGCUGGUGACCUCUUUUCAACGGUAAUUUGUCAAAUCGUAACCUGAACGCACUGUUGUUAUCUACUAAAUCUCGAGGGGAUUGCUAAUACCCCUCUGUUUUUGUCUUUCAGUACGAGAAAUUUCUAUCUCCGAAAUCCUAAUGGCAUCAGUUUGGAGUCUACACUUCCAUUCCCUUCCUUUCCAGCCUUCAAUUCGGGGGUGGAAGGACCGGGUUUCUUCAGAUGGAACACCUUUCCUGCUACAUCGUAGCCUAAGCCAACAGCUAAGCUGGAUUCAGCUAACAACUAACAGAAGGUUUUUGCUGAGAGCCAUCAAUGAUUCAGUGAGCUCCGAUGAGGACCAGCGUGCCCAAAAUGAGGUGGCUGAUACGGCAAAACAGACUCUGGUCGUAGAUUCCAAAGACCCACUUUCCACCUUUCAGGAAUCCAUUGCAUCUUUCCCUCCAGUUGUUUUUCUGAUGAAAAAAUGCCCCGGAAAUAACUUUGCGAUUGGGUUGUGCACUGCAAUUGCAAUUCUGGUUGUUGCUGCGAGAGCAUACAUGGCGAGGAAGUCAAGGCAGAGCCAUCCUGGUUCCGUAGCUGAUCUUGUAAGGCGUGGCCAGCUAAGAUCAGAUAGAAGAGGCAUAUCAAGACCUCUCAAGUAUGAAGACCCAUUUAAUAAUCCAUUUGUGAAGGUUGGCAAGAGUAAUUCAACUGUAGAGAUGUGUGGAAAGCUUUAUCGCUUAGCUCCAGUUACACUUACCAAUGAGCAACAAGCUAUCCAUCAGAAAAGGAGGUCAAGAGCAUACCCGUGGAAGAGACCUACAAUAUUCCUUAAAGAGGGGGAUUCAAUUCCUCCUGAUGUUGACCCUGACACAGUCAGAUGGAUUCCUGCAAAUCAUCCUUUUGCAACCACUGCUAAUGACAUUGAUGAAGACCUGGCACAAAACAAUGUGUACCAAAAACAUGGUGUUCCAUUCCGUAUUCAAGCUGAGCACGAGGCACUGCAGAGAAAGCUUGAAGCUCUACAAAAUGAGGAAAAAUUGAAUAAUUUAUUUAUUGACAGUAGAAAUGCUAAAGAUUUCCAGAGACCAUUCAAAUUAAAUGCCAGGCCAGAUGAACUUGCCGAGGAGGGCCCCACUAACAAUCAUGCAGUUGACAAUAAACCCCCUGAACCAGAGCGUGCCUCCAAUUCCAUUGAAAGCAACUUGUCUUCUGAGGAAACGCAGAAACCCUGAAAUAUCUGGUGGCCUUGGUAUCAGUUUAUGAAUACCAUUUUCUGCAAUGAAUUCCUGAUUUGUACUAUAUGAAAGAUAAUAUCCUUGUGAAUUACCACUGGAAUUGAUUUUGAGGUACACCCAAGCCUGAAGUGCAAUUGUAAAAGGGGGAGCAAGGUUGUACAGAUAGUUGCAGUGUUUGAUAUGAUUAUUGAAAUGCAGUUUGCUCUAUGUUAAGAUCCUUUAUAGCAA